AUGGUGGGCUCAGACACAACUGCGACGGCUAUGCAUAUGGCUCUCUUCUUCGCUAUGACCAAUCCACGAGUGUGGGGAUGUCUGCACUGUGAGAUCCAGAAGGAGGAACAGAGUGGCCUCUCCACGCCAGUGAGCGCGAGCCAGUGUCAACAGAUGCCCUAUCUUGAUGCACCAGAACGAUGGCUGCCUGGCGCCAACCCAGGAAGGGUCCUGGACGAAAUGAACAACACGCUUGAUCUAGUCUUCGGGUACGGCAAAAAUGCUUGCUUAGGAAAGUCGAUCGCUCUAAUCGAGAUGCAGAAGUUUGUGGCCGAGCUCAGUCGACGAUUCGACAUGAGCAUUGUUCGACCCGAGAGGCCAUUCAAAAGUUCAAACCGGAACGGCUUGUUCAUUCAGGAAGAUAUGCUGGUCAGAUUUGAGAAGCGAAGCUGUGACCUCUGA